AUGAAGAUCAGCGUCGCUCUCGGCCUCAUCUCACUGGCACUAGCAGUGCCUCGCCCUCCGAGCCCAGCUCUCAGUGAUACAGGCGUUAGCAACUACAACAACGUUAACAAUGCUGCACCUCCCAAUCAACGUCCCGCGAGUCCCGCGCAGAGUAACACGCAACCUGCUACCCCGAACCCCGUCCCCGCCAACAUCGAAGGUCUCGAUACCUCAUACAGCGUGAAAUGCGGAAGAUCCACAUUCCCGGGAGCAGACAUCCACCGCGCAAUAUCCCUAGGUGUCGAUCUAGACCGCAAUGGCAAGCAACUCGGCACAUUUCCCCAUGAUUACACCAAUUACGAAAACUUCAAUUUCCUGAACAAAGAAUGCAAUGGCAAAGGUGGGCUCCGCCGGAGAGAGAUCCCCAUUGUUAGAGGUGGGUAUUUUAAUGGAAAACUGGAUGCAAAGGACAACGUGUUCCGAGCUAUUUAUUUACAUAAUAUUUGGGAGACGGCUGAUGGGCAAGGGAAAGUGCCUGCUAUAUAUUGUGGUACCAUCUAUCAUCCGAAGGGAGCUCAAACGUUUCAGGGGUGUGAUGUUAGGAAGGUGAAGUCAUAG